UUUAGACAUUACCUAUUGCUGUAUGAGACUUUAGAAUUUUUUGAAAAUGGAAGAAGAACACUUGAUAUCUAGGCCCUAUCAAGCGCAGCUCGAAGAAGUGGCUAUCAACAAAAACACAAUUAUUCAUUUGCCGACAGGUUCUGGCAAGACUUUUAUUGCCAUCCGCCUAAUCACCCGGUUUCGAGAAGCCCUUCAGAAGCCUUGGGGAGCAGGAGGCAAGCGCACCUUUUUUCUGGUCAACACCAUACCUCUGGUGAACCAGCAGAAAAAAGUUAUAGAAAAGCUCUGCCCUGUCAACGGAGUCGGAGGAUACAGUGGAGAAGACAGGGUGGAUUACUGGAAAAAAGAAAAAUGGGAUGAAGAGCUUGCUAAGAACCAGGUGAUCGUAAUGACCUGCCAGAUAUUGAGCGAUAUGCUGACGCACCAGUACAUACAAAUCGAGGAUAUAAACCUGCUCAUUUUCGACGAAUGCCACCACGCGGUCGACGACCAUCCCAUGCGGCUGGUCAUGAAGCAUUUCGAACAUUGUCCUACGAGCAAACACCCUAGAGUCCUUGGUCUGACAGCGACGUUAUUAAACAGCAACGUUGCAAUACCAAGCAUUCAACAGUCAUUGAGAGACCUUGAGACCACUUUUCAUGCGACCAUCGCCACUGUAAAUGAAAUGGGGGAGGUAUUGAAUUACUCCACGAAUCCCAACGAGUAUGUGGAGUUCUACCAGACGCCCCAGGUGACACCAGCGGCCGCGAAAGCCAUGGACAUCUUAAGGGUGCUGAUAGACUACGUAUUGUCCGUCGAACUGCCACAAACGAACCUUACGCCAGAGAUCAAACUGAAAAAGUACCAGCAGGAUAUCACAACUGAUCCUAAAAAGAUAAUAAAAGCAGUAAAGAACAUGAUUUCUUCGAUGAUUAUGUUUAUAAAAGACCUUGGCGUAUACGGCGGGUCUUUGAGCAUCACUUCAUACAUAAUUCUUUUGGAGCGGCUCAAGCGGAAGUCUCUAAGCAAAGAACAGGAGUUGUUAUAUGAAUUUGUCGUAACACAUUUAACCAAGGCAAGAAUGAUAUUACUGCUGUCUAUGUCAAAAGAAGAAGGGUAUGAGAAAAUUAUCAAACAUUCUUCAGAUCAGAUUAUACAGCUGCUAAAUGUGCUGAAAGAAUUUAACCCCGAUUUAUAUAACAAGCCUGGAGUUAUAAGAAGAAAAAACAUGUCGAACGACCCGCUCUCGGGAAUAAUCUUCACACAACAGCGAUUCACGGCCAAAAUCCUCUACAACCUCCUCAAAGAUGUGAAAGAAGCAAAUCCGGAGGAGUUCAGCUUUCUAAAACAUGAUUUCUUGGUCGGUUUCAACAUCGACCCGUAUAAGAGCACUAGGGAACAAGCGUAUGUCAAGAAGGCUAGUCAUAAAGCAUUGCUCAUGUUUCGGAAUAAGGAACUCAACUGUUUGAUAGCAACGAGUGUAAUUGAGGAAGGCGUGGAUAUUCCCCAGUGCCUGUUGGUACUGCGUUUCGAUGCGCCAUUGGAAUAUCGCUCUUAUAUCCAAAGCAAAGGUCGAGCAAGGAGUGCAGAUUCCAGCUUCGUUUUACUAGUGAACUCUGGCGACCGAGAGAAAUUUAUGAAUAAAUACCAUAGCUUCAUGCAAACUGAGAAAUACAUUCAAAAGUUACUCGUAGGAUCCUCGGAUACCAGAGAAGCUCCUUCAGAAUCUUCCAUACAAACCAUGUAUGACGAGGAUGACAUUCCCCAGUACAACAAUCCUUAUGGAAGUUGUCUCCAUGCAGUAGGUGCUAUAAGCUUGCUGAACCGCUACUGUUCCUGCCUACCCCAUGACCAGUUCACCACGAUAACCCCCAUGUGGAUUAAGGAGUCAGUUUCCGACCGUAUGGGUCAUUAUGCGGGAAUAGUUGUCACUAUCAUCAUGCCCAUAGCUUGCCCUGUCAAAGAACCAAUUAAGGGCAAACCCUACCACAACCUGAAGACAGCUAAGCGGUCGGCAGCGCUCAAUGCCUGCAUAAGACUGCACCAGGAGGGCGAACUAGACCGAGUGACCAUGCUUCCUCGAAAUUAUGGUAAAGUGGACUUUGAGGUCCCGGACAUAAGGUCGUGUUUCUUAAACUGGCCGUGGGACGAGGAAGAGGAUGACGGCGAAGGUGCGUCACAUAAGGCAGGGACUAAGAAGAGAAUGCGGAAGCAUGAGAAAGUGUUCCCAUUAUACCUAUCCGGAUCCAUGGCCGACAGCCAGCAGUAUUAUUUGCACAUAAUAAAACUGAAAAUCGGUUUCGAAAGACCCCAAGAAACUCGCGAGCGCGCACUCUAUGACCUUUUACUUAGAGACGAGGGCUAUGGAUUCAUAACGCCAGAAGCGAUCCCCAAAAUAUGCCAGUUUCCGAUGUUUCUGGCGGUCGGGGAUGUAAUGGUGAAUGUGCACAUGAAUUAUGCAGUCAUACCGCUUAAUAGUGGUAUGGUGGAUCUUAUAAAAAGGUUCCACUUUUUCGUAUUCGAUCAAGUCCUCGAAAUCGCGAAAAAGUUCCUGAUCUACGACGGCACAGUCAACAACCUGUUCGUGGUGCCAGUUAAAGGCAGCGCCGAUGGCUAUGACAUAGACUGGGGUGUCAUGCAGAAAUAUAAGGAGAUCCCUCCGGUACCCCUUUCAGGGCCACCUUACGAGGAUAGAAAAGCGCUGAAAGUGACGCAAGAAGAUUACCAAUAUUCUGUAGUGACACCCUGGUACAGAGGCGUUAUCCUGCCUAGCCGGUACAUAGUAUCGAAAGUGAUAGAGUACAUGACGCCAAAGUCCGCUUUCGACGACUCGUCGUACGACACCUACGAGCAAUACUACUCAGCGAAAUACAACCUGGAGAUUAUUGGCAGCAAGGACCAGCCGCUGCUUGAGGUUUGCAACAUAACCACGCGUAUGAACUGCCUUCUACCCCGAGCGGCCACCAUCAAAUCCUUCACCGACAAACAGAAAAAGCUGAUCUCAGUCUCACAGGGCGACGACAAACCCAAGAGUUUUACGGAGAUAUUUAUUCCCGAGUUCUGUAUGAAAUACGACUAUCCUGGCGUACUAUGGUACAAAGCGACGAUGCUGCCUAGCAUUAUACACAGAGUUCACAUGUUACUGAUUGCGUACGACCUUCGCGCUGAAAUCACAAAAUACACUAAAUAUGGACGGGUCCAUUUACAACAAGGCGAGGAAUGGGAGCCAAUAAAGAUUAACCUACCAGUCGCGAUGAAAUCACUGCAGGCGCAAGUUGAAGAGCCUACGACCAUCAACAGCAUCGACAGGAUAAAUAACCCCAUAGACCCAGAGAACGCUCCUCGUCGGCCAAUCGUGUCCAUGAAGGAAAGCCUGUAUCAACUGCAACAGAAAAAGAUAAACAGGGAAUAUCCUUGGGAUGCAACAAUGGAACCGAUCGACAUAGAGCGCAACAUAUCGUCAGUAACUCUUAUGGACAUAGAAUGCUACGACGAGUUCGUAUCAGCACCUCUAUACGCGCGCGAAGAAAUGUCUCAAUUAGCGGUUAUGCGCUCGCCACCGCGCGUUCUGAAUACUUCGGCAGCGGCCAUCUUGCCGCCACCUCUCAAAUACAACGAUAAAAUCAAGCUGCUCUCCCUAAAGCCAAUGGGCCGCGGUCCCGAAUUGCGUGACGUCCUUUUCGCACUCACAACGAUCAACUCUCACGACACGGCCAACUUGGAACGGGCGGAAACCCUAGGAGAUUCCUUCUUGAAGUUCGCUGCCAGCUUGUAUUUGUACCACAAGUUCCCGAAGCUGAACGAGGGACAGUUGACGAAUAUUAAAGGCAGAUUGAUUGGUAACAGGAACUUGUACUACGCCGGGGAAAGGGUGAAGCUGGGCGGUCGCAUGAAGGUCGAACAGUUCAGUCCGAGGAAGGAUUUCCUCGUGCCCGGAUUCUUAGCGCCGAGGCAGGUGCAGCAGUUCAUGGAGGGUCAUUGCCUCCGACCAACGUUCCUGAUAGGCAUACAGUUCCCCCUACACGAGGCGCUUAGCGGCAACCUUUCCGACGAGAGCUACGAGCAAGUAACACAGCGGUACAGCGAAAAUGGUGUCGUCGAGAGAGAACCUCCAGGCGGCGCGCAGAAUGUCAUGCAGUGCUACGUGCGCUCCCAAGUUGUGUCCGACAAGAGCGUGGCGGACUGUGUGGAGGCGAUCAUCGGCACUUAUCUGCUGCACGGCGGCGUACUCGGCGCCGUCAAAGUACUCGAGUGGCUGCGUGUCCUUCCUCCCCAGGAUAACUUCGCGUCAUACCUCGGCAAGAAAGUGCCCACCGUGAUCACAGAGGGAAAGAGCACACUAGAUGAGCUGGACUUUCUUCUCAACAGCUGUCAGAAAGACAUCGAGCAGAUACUCAACUACAAGUUCAAGGAUCCGUCCUUUUUACUUGAGGCUUUAUCACACCCGUCCUACAUACGGAACCGUCUGACUCGCUCCUACGAGCGUCUGGAGUUCCUCGGCGACGCCAUCUUGGAUUUCUUAAUUACAUCGCAUAUAUUCGAGAACUGCGAUCAGCUGAAGCCGGGCGAGCUCACGGACCUGCGCUCGGCGCUUGUUAACAAUGUCACGUUCGCGUCCUACGUCGUCAAACUGGGACUACACAAGUAAGUAGUCACUUUUCACGUAA